AUGCAAGAGGCACGAUCUUUUCUCAGGAACAACCAACAUUUAUUUUUUACAAAAGCUGACAAAGGUAACGCUACAGUUUGCAUAAAGGUUGACGAUUACACAGGAAAAAUGACGACACUCUUGAGUGAUGACGAGACCUGCGAGAAAAUCGACCACGACCCAUUUGAGAGCUUACAAACGAGGACGAAAAUACUCUUGAAAGAAGUUAACGAGGAGUGUGACAGAAACCUUAGUAUAUUCCAGCUAUCACUAAGUGACACAUCUUUAGCGAGGGCAUAUGGCCUCCCGAAGAUUCAUGAGAAGGACGUUCCUCUACGUCCUAUUAUAACUCUGGCGGGUAGCCCAACAUAUGUGCUCGCUAAGAUUUUUUACGAAGAACUGGCACUUGUCAUCAAACCACCAGCUUCUUACUUCGACAACAGCUUUGACUUCAAGAGUAAAUUCGCCAACAUCUCGAUACCAACGGAUUAUGUGCUCGUCUCAUUAGACGUCGUAUCGCUAUUCACGAACGUACCACUAGAACUGGUACUCGAAAGCCUAGACAGACGCUACUCUGACCUCUGUAAGUCUCACUUAUCGUUCAACAAAAUCCGUGAAGUGAUGAUCUUCUUAUUCAACAACACCUAUUUAAAAUUCAAUAACACCUUCUACCGACAAACCUACAGGACCCCGAUGGGAAGCUGCAUCUCCUCAUUGGCAGCAGACUUAAUGAUGGAGGAUUUAGAAAAGCACUGUUUGAGUGUACUGAAACAGCGCAGAUGUAUACCACUGUUUUACUACAGAUACGUCGAUGACAUCAUCUUAUGCAUCAACAAAAAGGACAUUGAGCUGACAGUAGACGUGUUCAACUCAUAUAACGGAAAAUUGAAGUUCACACACGAAGUCAAACAAGACAAAAAGCUCAACUUCCUAGUCUCCUCCUCAUGUCCUUGA